AGACACGUCGGCCGAGGACGCCCGGCUGCGUCCGCCUGGGCGCCUUACGGGAUGGUGCCAUGGCGCGGCCGUCGGGGGACGCGCAGCGCCAGGAGCCCGAACAACAGCCACUGCCGCUGGUCUCCUACCAGCACGUGCCCGUGCAUCUGGCCGGCGGCGCGCCCUGGGGCUUCUCCCUCGAGGGCGGGCUGGAGCACGGCAAGCCCCUCAUCGUCUCCAAGGUGAGCCCCUUCCGCGCUCCUCCUUCCCCGCUCUGGGGUCGCCGUCCGGGCGAGGCGCGGCUUCCGGGCGCCCCUGUCCUCCGCCUUUUCUCCCUGCCCGUCCGGCGACGCCCGCUUUUUGUAGGGAAUCUGAUAGAACGUCCACGCAGCGGAAGUGUGUGGAUCUUGCUCGCGGUACAAGUCACCACCUAAAAGCAGAGAAAGCUCCAAACCUUUCGCUACUACAGAAGCAAUAAGCUCAACGAACAACUUUGGACGAAGUUUAUACGUAAAAAAAUAAGUUCCAGCUGGUAGGCUUUUUAGAUACAAAUAUCAAAGAAUAACAGAAUGGUAGAAGGGGUCCUGAGGGUAAUCUAGCCCAACCCUCUACAAGGCAAGAAUCUCAACUCAACCAUCUAUGGCAGAGGGCCAUCCAACCUCUGCUUAAAAGCCUCCCAUGAAAGAGGCUGCACCACUUUCUGAGGGAGGCCAGUCCAAUGUCACAGAGCUCUUACCCUCAGAAAGUUCUUCCCAAUGUUUAGUCAGAAUCUCAUUUCUUGUAACUUGAAGCCAUGCGUUGAGUCCUACCCUCUUCCAUGUGGCAGCCCUUGAGAUUUUUGAAUGGCUGUCAUGCCUUGUUUCAGUCUCCUCUUGUCCAGGCCAAGCAUACUCAGCUCCUUCAACUGUUCACCAUAAUGCUUGGUUUCUAGACCAUUUAUCAUCUUGGCCACCCUCCUCUGCACACUUUCCAGUCAAUAUCCCUCUUAAAUUGUGGUGCUGAGAUCUGGAUGCAGGACUCCAGGUGUGGACCAAGGCAGAACAGAACAGGACAGUUGCUUCCCCUGAUCUGAAUACUAGACUUCUGUUGAUGCAGGAUUGAAUAGCAUUGGCAUUUUUUGCUGCUGCGUCACACUGUUGACUCAUGUUAAGCUACUAAGACUCCUUGAUCCUUUUCACACAUACUACUGGUAAAUCAGCCCCCCCCCCCAUUUUCUGUCUGUUCAUCUCCCUAAGUGCAGAACUUUAAAUUUGUCCCCAUUGAAAUUCAUUUUGUUAGUUUGGGCCCUAGUCUGGGUAGGCAGCUGCAGGAGGCGCACUCAGACAUAACAGGGCCCCCACCCCAUCCAUUUCCUUUGUGGCGCCCUGUUUGGUGAUGCUUGCGUGUCUUAGGGCUCACUCACACUUAGUUUUUGCUUGGCAUUUCUGAGCACAGAUCCGUGCUUUAAAGCGCCAUGUCCAAGUGCUAUUUUGUUUUGUUUUUUUGUCCCGACUAAUCUGCUCUUUACUGGAACAAACAGAAUUGGAGCAAACAGAAAUUCAGCAAUUUGCUUCAAUUAAGCAGUAAAGAGUGGACUUUUGCAGGGAAAGCACAGGGAAGAAGAAGAAGAAGAAGGGCAUACCUGUGCAUAGAAACGUGGCACAAAAGGAUGAGCUUUUGGUGGAGCAAGUCCUUGGGCUGGAAACUCCUUCCACCUGCCUAGGGGCAGGCCGUGAAGCAUUUCUGUCUCCACGAGUUGCUCUCUGUCUGUCAGGCGAGAGGGCCUGGGGUGACUGGCCCUGUGCCAGGCUGAGUCUCUAACUGCGCUCCCUUGGGACUGGGCAGUGAGCAGGAACGGCCCUUUGGCCGUGAAUGAUUAACUGCCCUUGUCCCUCCACCGCUGCCAGUUCUGGUGGCUUUGGUCUCCCAGAGUGGCAGCAAGAUGCUGCUUUUCCAAGUGGAAUGCCCUGCAUGCCCCAUGGCUGGAUUGGUCCCCAAGGAAAGAAGCCAGGGGGUGGAGCUGGAUGUGAAGAGGCCUCUCCUUUCUGUGAAGUGCUCCUGGGGUUGGGGGGUAGUCUGCCUUGGUCCUGCCCUCAGUACCCAUUCGGGAUGUGGUGCCUGCUUCCAAUCCCUGUGUGUUCCAGCGACAGGAUUCAGCUGCGGAGAGUAGCAUGCAGUGGCUUAACACAAAGUGGUUCUGCGUGAGGCUGGGCUGAUGCUUCUGGAUGACAGGGACAAGUGGGGUGCCACAGUGUUCUGUCCUGGGCCUGUUGAUAUUCAACGUCUUUAUAAGUGACUGGGAUGAAGGAAUUGAGGGGAUGCCAGCAGUACAUGUGAAAGGACUGAGGGAUCUUAUUAGGUCACUAGUUUAACAUGAGUCAGCAGGGUGAUGCAGCAGCAAGCAAAGCUAAUGCUAUUUUAGGCUGCAUCAACAGGAGUAUAGUGUCCAGAUCAAGGGAAGUAAUAGUCCCACUCUAUUCUGCCUUGGUCAGACUACACCAGGAAUACUGUGUCCAAUUCUGGGCACCACAGUUUAAGAAGGAUGUCCAAGCUGGACCGUGUGCAGAGGAAGGCAACCAAGAUGACCAAGGGUCUAGAAACAAAGCCAUAUGAGGAAUGGUUGAAGGAGGUGGGGAUGUUUAGCCUGUAAAAGAGGAAACUGAAAGGAGAUAUGAUAGCCAUCUUCCAAUAUCUCAAGGGUUGUGCUUUGAAAGAUGGGGCAAGCUUGUUUUCUCCUACUCUGGAGGGAAGAACCCGAACCACUGGCUUCAAGUUACAAGAAAGGGGAUUCUGAGAAAACACCAGGAAGAACUUUCUGACAGUAAGAGCUCUUUGACAGGGGAAGAGACUCUCUUGGAAGGUGGGGGACUCUCCAUCCUUGGAGGUCUUUAAGCAGAGGCUGGAUGGGUUGGACUAGAUGCAGUGGUGUAGCUAGUCGCUCGGGGUGCUCGAAGCGGCACAUGUGUCCUGCAGCCGGGGGCGGAGUGAGCUGCCCAUGGGGAUGGGGCAAGCGAAGGCAGGACGUGCUGCUUGGAGCCUCUCCGCAGCCUCCCCCUCAGCUGUAGGACGGCUGAGGUGGUGGGCAGACGCAAGCCCUGUGCUGCUUGAAAAAGUGGUGCAGAGCUUGCAGGCAGUCCGCCCGCCGCCUCCCCUUCAGGAGAGACGCGUGGCUCAGGCACUCUGCAGACCCCAUGGUGUGGCACCCAGUGCCCCCACCUUACCUAGCUACCAGUGGCAUAGGAAGGGGGGUGCAGUGGGGGUGGGAGUUAUUUUUUUCAAAAAGUGUCAUGAGCCCACUUUUAAAAUUUUAUUUUAAAAACACAUAUUUUUGCCAUUUUGUCACCCCGCCCAGUGAUGACACCCAGGUCGUCCCACCCCCCUUCCUACGCCACUGACUAGAUGACUCUUGGGGUACCUUUGAAUCCUAUACAGUGGUACCUCUGGAUACGAACGGGAUGCAUUCCGGAUCCCCGUUCGCAUCCUGAAGUGAAUGUAACCUGUGCCUGCAUGUUUGCGCGUGCACGGGUUGCGAUUCGCUGCUUCUGUGCAUGCGCGUGACGUCAUUUUGACCAUCUGCGCAUGCGCGAGCAGCGAAACCUGGAAGUAACAUGUUCCAUUAGUUCUGGGUCGCCGCGGAGCACAACCCGAAAGCGCUCAACCUGAAGCAUAUUAAACCCUAGGUAUGACUGUAAUUCUACAAUUCUGUGAUUCUGACUCUUGGGUAGCACCCCAUUGCACCUCAAUUGUUUGCUCAAAGGUCAGCUUCUUUCUCCCAUGGAGCAUGAAAGCAGACCCUUAAGAACAUAAGUUGAGAUAGGCUCCAAGAUCAGGCCAAGGGGAGGUCAUGCAGCCCAGCAUCCUGUUCUCACAGUGGCCAGCUGGAUGCUUCUUUUGGGAGGUCUUGCAUGCAGGACUCACGUAAGAUUGCUGAGCCAAGGUGUUACCAAACACCAGGCAUCAAAGCUGGAUUUCCUAAAUAUCUCUGGGAUCGUCCGCACUUCUGGCUUGUCUUGUGGUGUUUUUGUCACUCCUCUCAUUUCUCUGGGAAAAGCUACUCUUUAGGACCAGCUUGGACCAUACAUCAAUCCAGUGAAAACCCAAAUUGUUAUUUGCUCUGACUGAGCGCUUGAGAGCAGUUUCCCCCAGGGCUGUGGAUGAGCCCCCUGUUCCUUCCUUCCUGUUUAAAUGGUGGUAGCAAAGGUCCUUAUCUCAAGGGCUGCUGUGGUGCAUUUGGAAAAAGGCACGGCUCACAUCUGGCAAAGACUCAGGUCUUCUGGAGGUGACCCAUGUUCCCUUUCCCUCCCAGCGCUCCACCCCCUCUGAUGCAUUCCAAAUGUUGUGCAUUUUCCUGAAGAGGGUUUCAUUUGCCACAAAGCUGGUGCAAAUGUGAAUAGUUUAACUGCAUUCUGUGUGCAUCUGGGAAAUGCUGUGUGAGGAUGGGCCGGUGGGCCAAGAGACCCAGGAUUAUUAUUUUUCUUUGGGGGCAGGUUGCCCGAUUUAUUUCCUUGGUGCAAAGUGAGCCCGUCCCUGAGCUGAUGGGUCAAAGAAUCAUAGGAUUGUCAUCUACUCAAACUCCCUGCAAUGUGGGAAUCCUAACUGCAGCAUCCAUGAUGACAGAUGGCCACCCAACCUCUGCUUAGAAACCUCCAAGGAAGGAGAGCCCACCACUUUCUGAGGUAGUUGUUCCACUGUCAAACAGCUCUUAGCAUUGGAAAGUUCUUCCUGAUGUUCAGUAGGAAUCUCCUGUCUUGUAACUUGAUUCCAUUGGUUCAGGUCUUCCCCUCUGGAACAGAAGAAAACAGGUAAGGCCAGGAUGCCAAGGCUGGGGAAGCACCUUCUUUUUGGCUCCCUGGCAAAGUCGCCCACAGUCCAAGCACAGGAACAAGGGCUUCUUUGUGCCAUAGUGAACUGCCAGCACACACCCUUCUCUCUGCAUGCUCUGAGCAUUGGAUCUGCCUUUUCCUCUCCCUGCUCUCUUCUGGGCAUUGUAGCUGGCCAGUUAGGACCGGCCCACCAUACAACAAGGUUAGGUGACUGCCUCAGGUGGCAGGAUCCAUAGGACCCUGUGGUCAAUCUUUCUUCCCCCCUCCCUUUUCCUGAUGCUGAUCUUCCCUCAUUGGUUCUUCCCUGGUGGGGAGGGGGACACAUUUUGGGGUCUGCCCCAGGCUAGCCAAACAUCCAGACAUAGCCCCAGACUCUGGCUAUCCUGCCUAGCAAAUGCUGGUUUCUCCUCCUCUUCUCACCUUUGGCCAGCUGUGACCCAAAGACCUGCUCUGUGCAUCCUCUGAAGUCCUUUGCAUUUAACACUAGCCCUGCAGGGAGUUGUGGCUGUGCUGCUCUUCCCUCCCAUCUCCAGCCUCAAGGAUAUGUUGCAAAGGGCUCAUCCAGACUUCCUAUUUUGCUGAGUUUCUAGGAACAGGUUCAUGCUUUAAAACACUGUGUCCAGGCACUUAUUUUUUAUCACUUUCCCCACGAAAACCCCACUCUUUAAUGCUGAAUUGCAGCAAACAGCAAUUCAAGCUUCCAGCAGAUUGCUGUUUGCUCCGAUUCAUCAGUAAGGAGCUAGUUUUUGUUGGGAAAUCAUUGUGGUGAAAGGAAAGAAAAGUGCUCAAACGUUGACUGGGAAAGUGUGGAUUUGUGCAUGUAGUGCGUGGGGCAAAAGGUAAGCAUGCAUAGAAUCAUAGAAUCAUAGAAUCAUAGAAUCAUAGAAUCAUAGAGUUGGAAGAGACCACAAGGGCCAUCGAGUCCAACCCCCUGCCAAGCAGGAAACACCAUCAGAGCACUCCUGACAUAUGGUUGUCAAGCCUCUGCUUAAAGACCUCCAAAGAAGGAGACUCCACCACACUCCUUGGCAGCAAAUUCCACUGUCGAACAGCUCUUACUGUCAGGAAGUUCUUCCUAAUGUUGAGGUGGAAUCUUCUUUCUUGUAGUUUGGAUCCAUUGCUCCGUGUCCGCUUCUCUGGAGCAGCAGAAAACAACCUUUCUCCCUCCUCUAUGUGACAUCCUUUUAUAUAUUUGAACAUGGCUAUCAUAUCACCCCUUAACCUCCUCUUCUCCAGGCUAAACAUGCCCAGCUCCCUUAGCCGUUCCUCAUAAGGCAUCGUUUCCAGGCCUUUGACCAUUUUGGUUGCCCUCCUCUGGACACGUUCCAGUUUGUCAGUGUCCUUCUUGAACUGUGGUGCCCAGAACUGGACACAGUACUCCAGGUGAGGUCUGACCAGAGCAGAAUACAGUGGCACUAUUACUUCCCUUGAUCUAGAUGCUAUACUCCUAUUGACGAGACCCUCCCAUGCAGAGGGAGAGGCAUGAAGCAUGGAUGGAGCUGAGUAUCCACCUUGAUUUGUCACUUCCCUACAAUAUCCUAGAGUAGACCAGCCUUCCCCAACCUAGGACCGCAGCUCAUCAGCACAUGCCAGCGAUGGCUGGGGCUGGUGGGAGUUGUAGUCCAAACCCCUGGAAGGCCCCUGGAUGGGGAGGCUGUGAAAGAGGUUGGUCUGUGCCGCUGCCUCCAAGGGCACUCUCUGGAGUGAAAGGCAGCAGCUGCCAAGAAGGGGCAUGGUCCUGAAUGUGGGGAGGAGGCGGAGGCAGCCUUUCCUCCCACAGCAUGGUGUCUGUGGGCUUCAUCCAGCUGCAAGCCAGCAGCUGUUUCCUGAGGGGGGACAUCUGUUGUCAUAUUCUGGGUUUGCAGCAAAGUGUGGAAUAGCAGGAAUGCGGCAGCAGAAGCUGUACAAUGGCGACCAAUGGUCAGAGGCAGCGGUGCUUCCAAAUGCCAGUUGCUAGAGGCUGCAGAGGGGAGAGUUGCUCUCAUGCUCAGGUCCUGCUGGCAGGUUUCCCACUGGGGCAUCUGGCUGGCCGCUGUGAGAACAGGAGGCUGGACUGGAUGGGUUCCCUUGGGCCUGAUCCAGCAGGCUCUUCUUAUGUUCUUAAGGCUUGUGGACGCCUUCCGCCUUCCUGGAAGAGGCUUAUUAGCAGCACCCUGGUCGGGUUAUGGCCUUCCUCCCCACCGUGACCUGAAAAGGCCCAGACAGAGCCAACUCACCCAUGAGGCAAGGUGAGGCAACUGCCUUAAGCAGCAGGAUCCACCAUGGUAGAAGAUGUCAAUCUUUCUCCCUUGUUCCUGAUGUAAAUCUUCCCUUACCCCUUCUUGCCUGGUAGGGAGGGGGUGCUAUUUUGGAGUCUGCCUCAGGUGCCAAAAUCUCUGGGGCUAGCCCUGGGGUCCAGGGCAUGCCUCCCUUGAUGUCUGCAACACUUUGAAACCAGUGUUGAAUGAUGUAAAUUAAAUGUGUUCAUGUCUGGGGAAUUUAUUUAAGAUUUGAGGGAUGGGAGGUCCUGGACACAGGGUGCAGCCAUCUAUGUCUGCCAGGAGGGAUCUGUUGGCUGAGAGCCCACUGUGUCUCAUGCCCUUUCCCCUCGGCAUAGCUGCCUGAUGGGUAAAGGAGCUGCCUUCUCCCCCUGCCUUGGAUGCUUGUCUGGCUUUGGGCAGAGAUGUCAACAGAUGCCGUCUUCUCCCUCUGUUGCUGAGGGUUGCUCUGUCUCUCUCUGACUCUCCUGCCUGGCUUUGAACGUGACUUGCUGCUGGCCAACUCAUCGUUAUCUCAUUGCAAUCCAUCACUCCUCCAUGGAUAAGAAUGCAGGAAGAGCUGUGAUGGAUCAGGUCAACGUGGGCCUGUCUAGCCCAACAUCCUGUUCUCACAGUAGCCAGCCAAAUACUUCUCCUGGGAGGCCGCCAACCAGGGUCUGAGCGCAACAGCAACUCUCCACACUUGCAAAUCACAGAAACUGGCAAUGGGUGUAGAGCAGAGCCAUUGUGCUUAGCUGGCAGCCACUUCUAGGCGCAUCCUGAGUGAAGUUGGUGGACAUCCCUACUUGUUUUGGGAGUGAAACCCACAAUUUAACUCUGCACUGUGCUUUCUAUUGCCUGGCCUGUAUUCUGUGGCUUUUGGUAGAAGUGGAGCCCUCUUUUGUCCGAAGGUUCUUCUUUGAUUAAUAAUCCCCUUCUCUGUUGGCACUGGAGAUAGGUAAAGGUAAAAGGUAAAGGAUCCCUGGACAGUAGACAUAGUCAAACUUGACUCUGGGGUGCAACGCUCAUCUCGCAUUUCAGGCUGAGGGAGCCAGCCUUUGUCCACAGACAGUUUUCCGGGUCAUGUGGCCAGCAUGACCAAACCGCCUCUGGCGCAAUGGGACACUGUGAUGGAAGCCAGAGUGCAUGGACAUGCCAUUUACCUUCCUGCCACAGCAGUAUCUAUUUAUCUACUUGCACUGGUAGACUGGUAGACUUUCAAAGUGUUGGGCUGGCAGGAGCUGGGACAGAGCAACUGGGGCUCACCUUUGUUAAGUGGAUUCGAACUGCCAACCCUCCGAUCGGCAAGCCCAAGAGGCUUGGUAGUUUAGACCACAACACUACCAGUGUCCCAUCCUAUCCCCUACAGUGGAAUGGGCUUCCUUGGGAGAUUGUGGACUGUCCUUCCUUGGAGGUUUUUAAGCAGAGGUUGGAUGGCCAUCCGUCGGGGAUGCUUUAGCUGAGAUUCCUGCAUUGCAGGGGGUUGGGCCCCUUGGGGUCUCUUCCAACUCAACAGUUCUGUGAUUCUAUGAUCCUGUUUUUACCCCAUGCUUUGUAGACACAAGCCCAUGCUUUGAAGUGCUGUGUCUGAGUUCCAAGCGGUUUUUCUUAUGUCCAGGCACUUUCCCUCCAAGAACUCAUUCUUUCACACUGAAUCUGGACAGAUGGGUUUUCUGCAGAUUGCCGCUUUCUCCAAUUCAGUUGUGAAGUGGGUUCUCGCCUGCUUGGACAGGCAAUUCUAAAGCCCAGACCUGUGCCAAGAAGUAUGGCAUAAAAUGAAGUCUGCAUGAGCCCUUUUAGCCACAGGGCCUUGCACUGUCCCUGUGCAUGUUGAGUGUCUUGUGAUGUUCUGGCGCAAUGGGACACUUUGGUUGUUGCCAUGGAGAGAAGCCUUAAUUGCCAUGCAAAGGACCACAUUCUCUCUUUCUGAUUGGCGGUGGAGCAGAGUGAGCCCCAAGGCCACCCCAAGGCUGCCCAUGAGACUUUUGAAGGACCUGCCUGUUUCUGCGGAGGAGGAUGAAAGGUGUUGGCUUUUCUUUGGCCAGAAGUUGGGUUUGACUGGAGCUGUGCCAGAUACAGUGGCAAUGUUUGUUGCAUGCCAGGCUGGAGAAUGGCAGAAAGGGGUGUGUGUGUGUGUGUGUGUGUGUGUGUGUGUGUGUGUGUGACACAAACGUUCCACCUCCAGGGAGCAUAUCUGCACCUUGGCUCACUUUUAAAUUUUUAUUAUGUUUCUGUCCCACCUUCUUUCCUACAAAAAGCUCCAGGUUGUGUCCGUGGUUCUUCUCUUUCCUGUUUUAUCCUCACAACUACCCUGCGAGGUAGGCAAGGCUGAGAGAAGACAAAAGUAGGUCCAAGACCAGCUGGUGAGCUUCAUGGCUGAGCAGCAACUAGAAACCCUGGACUCUUAGGUCUUAGUUCAGCACUCUAACUGCUAUAACACUCUGGCUCUCAUUUGCUGAGGAGCGCCCAGCAGAGGAAGUACUGGGGUGCCCACUUCUGGGGUGUAGGCGCUCCCUGAACUUUGAGUGAGCCUUCCACAGCUGCAUAGGAAUGGAAGAAGAGCCUUGCUGCAGGAUCAAGCCCAAGGGCCCCAUCUAGUCUGGCAUCCUGUUCUCACAGAGGCCACCCUGGUGCUCCAAUGGGAAGCGAGCAAGAAAGACCAGAUGGCAACAGCACUCUGCCCACCUGCAAUUCCCAGCAGCUCUUACUCAGAGGCAUUGUCAUCAUGGCUAGUAGCUGCCGAUAGCCCUCCAUUAAUUUGCCAAGUCCUUUUGUGAAGCCGCCUACAGAAGUGAGUUCCGUAGUUUAUGUUGCAGCCCAGAAACCAGCCAUUGUGGGAGAGCUUCCAGGGCCUCUGGGACACAGCUGGGAAUGAUCCGCCUGGCUGAGGCAGGCUUGGCCAGAGCUUAAAAGAGCCGCCGCUGCCACAUCCCGAGCCUUCUGCAGUCCAGGCUGGCUGUUCCUCUCCUCCUCCUCCUCCAUUGCAGCUGCUUCUGGGCUCUUGAGGAGCUCCAGCUGGGAGCUGAGGAAAGAGCACAGGCAUGCAGGAGGUGCAGUGUCAAGGACACACUGCCUAUCUGUCUUCCCCAUAUGUACUUUAUUCCCCAAAUAAAGGAAGGUACAGCAUCCGGAAAGCGCUGUGUUUUCUUUUUUGGUUCCAGUGGCCUUCGUGGAGAAUGUGCUGGUCAUAGAAUAAUAGAAUCUUAGAGUUGGAAGGGACGCCAAGGCUCAUCGAUUCCAACCCCCUGUAAGGCAGGAAACUCAGCUAAAGCAUCCAGGACAGAUGGCCAUCCAACCUCUGCUUAAAAACCUCCAAGGGUUUUUUGCUGCUUCAUCUUAUUGUUGACUUGUGCUAUAUCCUUUUUACCUGUACUGCUGGCAAGCCAAGUGCCCGUCAUUUUAUAUUUGUGCAGCUGGUUACUCCUGGUUGUGUGCCUGAUUGUGCUCCUGAGGGAGGGGAGAGCAGUCUGGCAGCAGUGGGAGGGCAGAUGGAAAUGCCUCCCUGUUUCCCUCCACACCCUGCUGCACCUCUGCUCCCAGUCACUGAGAAACAGAUCCCUGUGAGGCCAGUUGCACUGUCGCAGUGGGACAGGAAAAGCCCCAGCAGGGCUGGCAGUAAUGCAGUGGCGGGAGGUGUAUCUGCCACGCAAGGCUUCACCUUGUCUCAUGGAUGGGCUGCCCCAGCUUUUUCUGGGAGGGCGUGGAUUCCUGUUGCUGUUUGCUUGGGAAGGGGAUCUAUUUGCAUGGCUCUUGAGGGCCUUGCCUGCCUCUUCACAUCAUGUCCUGAAACUUUCCUCUUAGAAUCAUAGAAUCAUAGAGUUGGAAGAGACCACAAGGGCCUUGGAGGUCUCUCACAUCUUGGAGAUGUGAGACUUCUGUUAGCCAACUGGACACAGAGUAGGGAGAGUGUGCCCUGUCCUUGCAGGCUAGGAACUUUUUCUGGCCUUUAUUUGCAGAGCUGGUUUUCCCAGCUACCGGGGAACAGUAACCCAGCAGCUAAACGGGAUUUCAUAUCCGUUUCCCCUCCCACUCCUCCUCUCAAACAAAGCUCUUACAGUCUCGGAAGGCAGAGCAGAAGCCGCCUGGUUAAGAAACAGUCAUCAGUUCCAGUCUAAAUUCUUGCAAAAAGGAUAGGUGGUAGACCCCACCCGAAAAAAAAGUCAACAUGUCUAGCUGAGUAUGCCAUUAAAAGUAUUUGGCGUUUCUAUUUUAAAAAUAAAAUUGAGAAGACCAGCACACAUUGGCUGAAAGCAGUUUGUUUCUUUUAUUCUAGAUGAUUCUAGAAUGAGAUGCCCUCCAGAUCUUCUGAAUUUGAAUGCAUUCAGAUGGGUAGAACAGCUUCCAGGGGCCUAGGGUUCUGAGACCUCCAGGCCUGACCUGAAGUCUCCUGGUUUGCCUGGUGGAAGGUGGAAAUAGAAAACUCCUGUGAGCUCCUUCAGGAAGACUUGAUGCAACCAAGAACAGUAUUACCUUUUGAUGCAGCAGCUAAAAAGGCAAAUGCUCUUCUAGGCUGUAUCAACAGAAGUCUAGUGUCCAGGUCAAGGGAAGCAAUAGUACCACUCUCUUCUGCCUUGGUCAGACCCCACCUGGAAUACUGUGUCCAGUUCUGGGCGCCACAAUUUAAGAGAGAUAUUCACAAGCUGGAAUGUGUGCAGAGGAAGGUGACCAAGCUGUUCAAGGGUCUGGAGACCAACCAAACCUUAUGAGGAGGGCGGUUGGGAUGUUUGGCUGGAGAAGAGGAGAGAUAUGAGAGCCAUAUUCAGAUAUCUAAAUGGUUGUCACUUCUGUUGAUGCAGCCUAGAAUAGCAUUAGCUUUUUUGCUGCAUCCUCUGAGCUGUUCAUGAACAAGGUAUGCCUACCCUUAAGGCAGUGGUGGGGAGCUUUUGUGGGGCUCCAUCUUCAAUCAGACCCAUCCAGUGUGGUCAGCGGUCAAAGGUGAUGGGAGUGGUAGCUCUGGCUUAGGGAGUCGAUCCAUUCUGUGCCUUAGUGGUUAAGUAUUAACAUCCUGUGCUGGCAUCCUUUCCUGAUUUGCUUAGGAACUGAGGUGGGGCUCUCCUGCCAUUUCUAGCUCCUGAGGUUUGGGGUUCUCAAAAAGGGACCUCACAUACAUACCAAUUUGCAACAAACACUCCAUCUUGUGUUUGUUUCUGGAUCCUGCCACCUGAGGCAGCCACCUCACCUUGGGACUCUCACUUCUGCCAGAUCCCUGAGGGAGCCCAGCGGGCACAGAAGAAGGUCAGCAGACAAAGGGCGGUGGCUUCUCCCCCAUGCCUUGCCCACUGCACUGUGCAAGGAGAAAGAGAAGCGCUUGCCUUGGGUAGUGGCCCUCUCUACAGAGAACAGGGCUUGAGAGGAGCAGCCCUGUAGCCGGAUCAGGCCCAAAGGCUCAUCUGUGUAGCUGGAUCAGGCUCAAAGGCCCACUUCUGCCAACCGGCAUCCUGUUCUCAUGGUGGCUAACCAGGUUCCUCUUCUGGGAAUGCCACGAGGAGGUCCUGAGCUCCACAGCAGACCUCUCUCCACUUGUGAUUCCCAGCAAUUCUGAGGCAUUUACUGCUUUCAACAGCCAUCGUGUUCGCCUUAUUGCUGGAGGGAGACCACAGCCUGGAAGCACAGGGCAGCCCCUCUCCUCCCCGCAGGUGGAGACUCCUAAGAGGAGCUUGGCUCUUCUUUCCUCAAAGUGCCUCCAUCCCUGCAAUGGACUAGGCCACCUGCGCAAACCUGCACAUUGGCAGCUGAACUGCUAGAACAAAGUGCAAUGGGCUCUGUGCUUUGUUUGGGGGAGGGUGUGAUGGCAUCCCAGCCCCCCCUCGCCACUUAUGCAUGCCUGCAGCCUGCCACCCACUCCCUCCACCGUUAUCCCUGGUGCAGGCUGCCAGGCACGGCCUUGGCAUGGACAGAGCCCUUCGCCGGCCGCUGUGCAAGGGCUCUGUGGGUUCUGGACCGUCCUGCUGGCAUUUGAGCAGCACAAAGGGCCCUUGUCUCAUCCAGGGAAACAGCUGGGGGAGCUCCCUGAAGUUGCUCUUGGGCUCAUGUGACUCUGGCAGGGAAGGGCAGCCCAGCCCAGCCCCUCUGUCCCAGCUUGGCCCUGGAGCUUCUCCUGGGCAGAGCUGCCUGGCUUGGGGGUCUUUGGUCCAGAGGAGGUGAGAGAGCGCACCAUGGCAGGAGGACAGGCUGGCUAUGGGGGUCCCUCUUAGUUCUGCAGUCGGCCAGCCUUCCCCAGGACGCCUCUUUCACACCCGUUAGCAUCCUGCUCCCUUGCUGGGGCUUUGAGGGUGAGUGGAAGCAGGGAGGCAAGUGGAGGGAAGAGGGCAAAGUCCAGGUGAGCUGAAGUGCAAAUGGUGGGGUGAUGCUCGUGGGGGUCAAUGGGUGUGUUGCUCUCCCUGGCUGUAAGAUGGGACUGCUGCAGGGCUUCUUGGUGGGGGCCUGUUUUUAGGAAUGAAGAGGACCCUGUGGCUGUGGGGAACUUAGCAAAGAGGGGCAACACUGUAUGAAUGCUUUGCCCCAAAUGGAAGGGUUUGGGGCCCUGCUGCCGUCUGCGUGGGUUAGAUGCCGCUGUCUGCACUGUUUGAAGAAAGGGCUGAGCAGACAGCUGCAAGGAUUGUGACCUGUUGCUUGUUGUUGCUCUCAGGGCCAGCCCAGUGAUUUUACCACUUGAGGCAAACCCCAAAAUGGUGCCCUCUCUUCUGCGCCAGGGAAGAGGGGUGAGCGAAGAUCUGUAUCAGGAACAAAGGGGAACUAUAAAUCGACAUUGGGACCCACUGCCUCUGUGGAUCUUGCCACCCAAGGCAGUUGUGUCACAUGGCCUCAUGGGUGGGCCAGCCCUGGUUGCCUUGCUACUUCGAAUCCUCAAAACCUGUCCUCAAAUUACUGUUUAAAGGAAAUGUUAGAAGGUUGGGGGGAGCGUUCUCUCUCUGUAUAACCCUUCUAACUCUGCCUGGUGAAACAAUUUUGCAGCUGGAAUUUGCCCCAGCCUCAUUUCUGAGGUUUGUGUGGCUCUUCACACAAGUGCUUGGGCUAAAGGGAAGGACUUAUUCCUCGCACAGUGAGCCCUUUGGGGAAGCUGGCCCAGUUUGGUGUGUGUGAAUUGCCUGACCAGCCCCUGUGGCAAGUGCCCAGGAGGCUGGAUCCCAGCUAGGCUUUAUCAUGGACUGGUUGGACGAAGAGGAACGGUGCAGGGAACCAGCUGGGGAACCCCCAAGGGAGGGAGGCUCAGAGCCAGGGGAUUGGUGGUGGGGUGAAAAUGAGCAGUCAGAGGGAGAAACCUGGGAGGAGGAGGCCUUGGAAGCUGAAGAGGGGGCUUAGAGAGUAGGGAGUGCCUGUAGCAGAGACAAGUCCAGAAGCUGAAGCAGGAGGGAGGGAGGGAGGGAGGAGAGAGGCCAAGAAGAAGAGGUGAGUAAGACUGGUGAAGAGUCACAAGUGUUUUCUCCUCCUGCUGUGACAAGCUCCCCUCCCCCUGGUCUCCCAGAACCAGGAAAGGCAUGAAGAGGGUGGAGAAGUCAGCUUCACACAGGCGCAGACACAGUCUCAGAUUGCUUGGGGGAAACCCUGGAGAGGAGGGGACUUAGGCAGCUUUGGGGAGGUGGGAACCUUCAGUCUCAGCAACUGCUUCAUGGAGGCAAGACCUGUUAGAGAUGAGUUGCUGCGCUCAUUAGGCCUGGCAUUCCUGUGCAGAUCUUGUUUUUGCUAGUAAAGAGUUAAUUCCAACUUGCACAGUGUCAUUUACUGCUGGCUCGCUCCAGGCAGGCUUGCACAUUUGAAUCAGCUCCCAAGUGGGAAUAAUUAGGCAGAAAUAAGCAGUUGUACAAAUAUAAGAUGGGGGACACCAGGCUUGCCAGUAGUACACGUGAAAAGGAUCUAGGGGGUCUUUGUGGACCAAAUGCUUAAUGUGAGUCAAAAGUGUGAUGCAGCAGCAACAGAAGCUAAUGCUAUUCUUGUGUCCAGAUCAAGGGAAUUUGCAGUACCAUUCUAUUCUGCCUUGGCCAGACCACACCUGGCAUACUGUGUGUCCAAUUCUGGGCAACACAAUUUAAGAAGGAUAUUGACAAGCUGGAAGGUGUGCAGAGGAGGGCAACCAAAAUGAUCAAGGGUCAGGAAACCAAGCCUUAUAAGGAACAGUUGGGUAUGUUUAGCCUGAAAGAAAGAGGAGAUUGAGAGGAGAUAUGAUAGCCAUCUUCAAAUAUCUCAGGGGUUGUCACAUGGAAGAUGGAACUAGCUUGUUUUCUCCUGCUCUGGAGGGUAGGACUUGAAACAAUGGCUUCAAGCAAAAGAAAGGAGAUUCCAACUAAACAUUGGGAAGAAUGUUCUGAUGGCAAGAGCUGUUUGACAGUGGAAUGGACUCCUUCAGGAGGUAGUGGACACUCCUUAACCGGAGGUUUUUAAGCAGAGGUUGAAUGGCAUCUGCCAGGGAGGAUUGUGUUGAGAUUCCUUUCCCUCACAAUCCCUUCCAAGUCUAGGAGUCUAGGGUUUUAUGACUUAUUUCUUGCACUGUGAACCGUUCUGGGUAGCCCCUGGGACAAGGGUCUGGGAGUCUGUAUCCCAGUUGGGCUUGCAGCUUUGAAUCAGGCCCUGCCUGCCUGCACUGAUGCUUACGGCCGUGUCUCUUCACAGGUAGAGGAUGGCGGGAAGGCAUCCUUGUCGCAGAAUAUGUUUCCUGGGGACGAGCUGGUGAACAUCAACGGGACGCCCUUGUAUGGUUCUCGGCAGGAGGCCCUCAUCCUCAUCAAGGGCUCCUACCGCACCCUCAAGAUGAUCCUCCGGAGGUGAGAGCUUCAUGGGUCUCCCUUUGGCCUCACAUUCUGUUGCCCUUCUCCUCUUCCUCCCUUGUUAAAGUUGAGUAGAGAUUCCUGCCUUGCAGGGAGUUGGACUAGAUGAUCCUUGGGGGUCCCUUCUAACCGUGAUUCCAUUAGAAGACCUGCAGGUGCUGAUGGUGCUCCUUAGGGGGGCUUGAGAAAUGCGCACCCGAAAAGGCUAGUUGACAGGGAUCCUUAUCCGAUUUGGUGCUUCUUUGUCAGAUGUGGGGCUCCUUUGACCAACUUGCUGCUGCCCUCCAGUGGCAGGAAUUAGGACCUGCACCUCUUAUUUGCAGCCAGCCUAGCGACAGACAAACAACAGGGUGGAUGACAGGGCGCCUUGUUUCUUAGGGCUCAUCCAGACUUUUGUGCAGCGUUUCUAAGCUCCCUGUCCGAGUUCUUGGAGGUUUUCUGCUACAGUGCUUUCCCCCUGAAAACUCGCUGUUUGUGGCUGAAUCAGAGCAAAUGCAAUCAGCACAAAAUCCAAAUUGCAAUUCUGCGUUAAAGAGCAGGUUUUUUUGGGGACAGUGGAGGGGCAGAAAAAGAAAAAAGAGCUCAGCAUGAACUAGGAAAAUGCGGACCUGUGCCAAUAAAAACAUUUCUUUGACUAUGAAAAUAAGUGUGGCUGUGCCCUUAAAAUCACACACCCCUCUCUCACACCCUCUUCUGCAACUGGAGUUCCAUAGGACUGGUCCAAAACAGCCUAGAUUUCAUUCCCUCCAUCCCCCAUCAAACACCAACAAUUUUUUUAGGAGUUGUAAUAUUUUUACAUAAUGAUUUAAGGAAUCAUUAAACCCUUGGGUUUCUUUUAUGGGGCCAGCCAGGGCCGGCCCACUCGUGAGGCAAGGUGAGGCAACUGCCUCAGGCGGCAGGAUCCACUAGAACAGCAAAUCCCAGUGUUGAUCUUUCUUUCCCCUAUUGUUCCUGAUAUAGAUCUUCCUUUUCCCCAUCUUCCCUCUCUCUUAACUAGUUUCAGAGGCGCAUGUUUUUCUCUGUGAAAACCUAUUUAACGCAGAAAGCAAGCUUACUUCAUCUUUCAUGUGACAGCUCUUUAGAAAUUCAUAAUCUUGGUGGCCCUCCUCCGCACACCUGCCAAUAUCCUUUUUAAAUUCUGGUGUCAGACCUUGACACAGUAUUAGUGUGCCAAAACUGGACACAGGACCCCAGGUAUGCUCUGACCAAGGGAAAAUAGAGUGGUCUUAUGAUUUGGACACUCGACUUCUGUUGAUGCAGCCUAGAAGAGCAUUAACCUUUUUGGCUGCCUGCCAAUAUCCUUUUCAAAUUGCGGCCACUGGAACUGGACACAGGACUCCCGGUGUGGUCUGACCAAGGCAGAAUAGAGCAGUAUAUCUUCCUCCCGAGGCUGAUGACCUCACUUUUCCUGCCCUCUGUCACUACUGCUUCCUGUGUGGGGUGAGUGGAGGCGAAGGCAGGACAAGGAGGCCUGCAGCUGUUUCAGCCAGAGGAGUCCUGGGAUUCCCCCUGCAGCCAGGCUAGAGUGGACUGUCUCAUCUUGUGGGGCACAGUGGGGGGGGGGCAGGAGAGCUCCUCACCUCUAAGACAAAAGGAUCCCCUCCUCCCCACCAGGGAAUAAGGGGUGGGUGAAGAGCUAGCUCAGGAACAAGGAGGGAAGAAAGAUCCACAUCUUCUGUCCUUGCUAUCUUGCCACCUGAGGCGGCCACCUCACCUUGCCUCAAAGUUGGGCCUGCCUGCAUGAGGGCCUGAUGGGCGGACAGAUGUUUUCUUCCCCAAGCUGACCUUUUUCCUAGAUUCCCAUUGCUCCACAGAGCCAGGAAGCCCUUUUGCUGUUCCUUUGCAUCAUCUGGGGCCUCCAACAUGACCACUGCCUGCUCCACGUGCUCCCUUAUCUCCCUGGACAUCACUUCCUCACCACUUCCUGGCUGGAAGGGGAUGGGAAUGGCGUCUGGCUUGGGGAGUGCAGGAGGGGGGCGGCGGCAGGAAACGCCUGCCCAGUAAGAAGCCCCUCCCUCUUGAGUAGGGAUGGCUUGCAUGUCCCGGCCCCUCAGCUGCUUAUUCCCCACAGCUCCCAGCAGCGUGUGGGCUGGAGUCCUGGGGCGCUCCUUUGUCCUGCCGGACACUCGCACAGGUCUCCCCACUGCCCACGAACAGGUGAGUGUUCUGUGCCUGGGGUGCAUGGGGCCAUCCCAUUUGCCACCUCCUUCUGGCGUGCCUGGUGAGUCCCUUGUCUGGAGGAGAAAGGGUGGGAUGAAUCCUCUCUUCACUGUCUCCUACCCUAACUGGGGUGGGUGAAGACACCCUCGCUGCCAGGUCUGCUGUACUGCUUUGCUCUGGGGUCUGCAGGCUCCCACUGGUGAGGCAGCUCAGCUGGCAGCUCCCCACAGCAUCUGCAGGUAGCGCUGGGAGAGGCUCCUACCUGAACCCCUGGAGAGCUAUUGCCGCCGGUCAGUCUGGGUGGUGCUGAGCUGGAUGGGGGGAGAAGGGGCUGGCCCUUCCAUGAAGGCAGCUGAGGCCAUGGGCUCAGGCGGCAGGAUCCACGGGGGUCCUGAUCUUUUUCCCUCCCACCUUGUUCCUGACGCGGAUCUUCCCUGGUGUGGAGCGGGGGAUACAAUUUUUCUAUUCGCCUCCGGUGCCAAAAUGUCUUGGGCAAGCCCUGGCUCUGCCUAUGGGGGCUACCUAUGUUCCAUUUGGGAAAGCUCCCAUCCUGGCAUUUUCUGGUGGCUGAACAAGGGUGAGUCACCACCACCCUGUCCCCAAAAUGAGAUCUCGAGGGUUUGUGUGCUGCAAACUCCAGCUCUUCCCAGGUCGGAUGUGUGAAAAGGGAGGACCGGGGGGGGGGGGGGCCUGCUGCAGCUAUAUAAGACAAGGGUGAAAGCAUGGAAGACUUCCUCCCUCUGAAUGACUCCUUCCUUCCCCAACCUUCCCGCUGUGUCUUUUGGGUUUUUUAAAGGAGCUACAUCACUUUAGAAGAAAGGAGAUUCCAACUAAACAUCAGGAGGAACUUUCUGACAGCAAGAGCUGUUUGAGAGUGGGAUGGAAGGUGGGGGGGGGGGGCUCUCCUUCCUUGGAGGUUUUUAAGCAGAGCUUGGAUGGACAUCUGUCCGGGAUGCUUUAUCUGAGAUUCCUGCAUUGCAGGGGGUUAGACUAGAUGACCCUUGGGUCCCUUCCAGCUCUACAAUUCUUUGAUUAAAUUGGCUCUUCCAACAGACAGGAAACAUCACUUAGGCAUCUUUCUGAACCAUCCUCUCCCUCCCACACCCAUUAUACUCUUGAGAAGCAGCCCUUCCAAAGUUAUAGGAAUCUCUCCAUCCCUGACCUAUAGCUCUGCAGGGGGCUACAUGGGGGUGGCAGCUAGAAAGGCUCCCAGCUCCCCAUCUCUGCAUGGCAUCCCCCUCCCCCGCCCCCAUGCUGCCUGCCAGAACGAGAUCUUGCUUAAUUCUGGCCAAUCUGCAGACACGCCUCACAGCACAUUUUGUAUAAAUUCUGCAAAGCUGCAUGUGAGUUGGCAGUGGGGGGGGGGCUGUGCCUUGAGAUGGCUUUGGGUGUGGGGGAGAAGAGAUGAGGGAAAGAGGAGAGAGAGAGAGAGAGAGAGAGAGAGAGAAAGAGAAAGAAGAGUAUCUUAGAAUCCUAGAAUUGUAGAGUCAGAAGGGACCCCAGGAAUCGCCAGCCAAGCCUCCGUGACACAUGGCCAUGUAGCCUCUGCUUAAAAACCUCCAAGGAAGGUGAGCCCCCCGCCUCGUGGGAGUCUGUUCCACUGCCAAACAACUCUUACUGUCAGAAACGUCUUCCUAAAUCCAGAGCAGAAGAAAACAAGCCCUUGCAAUAUCUCCUCUCAUAUUUCCUCCCAGUCUCCUCAUUUCCAGGCUAAACAUACCCAGCUCCUUCAACCACUCCUUAUAAGGCUUUGUUUCCAGACCCUUGAUCUUCUUGGCCAUUGUCCUCUGCACACCUUCCAGCUUGUCCAUAUCCUUCUUAAGUGGUGGAGCCCAAAACUGGACACUGGACUCUAGGUGGGGUCUGACCAAGGCAGAAUAGAUUGGGACUAGGACUUCCUUUGACCUGGACACUCAACUUCUGGAGAUGCAGCCUGGAAGAGCCUUAGCUUUCAUUGCUGCUGCAUCAGUCAUGUUAAGCUUCACUCAUGUUCAGCUUGUGAUCCACCAAGACCCCUAGAUCCUUUUCACAUGUACUACUGGCCGGCCAGUUGUCCCCCAUCUUACAUUCAUGCAGCUGGUUAUUCAUGCUGUGUGUGUGUGUGUGUGUGUGUGUGUGUGUAGCCUGCCCGGCCUUCUGAUGGCCCUUAAGGAGGCUUCCCAGUAGGAGCUUCUCCUGCGGUGGAGGAGGGGAGGUGUGCCUGCUGUUUCCUCUGGCUCAUUUCCUCCCCCUUCGAUCUGCUCCACAGGAGGGUUGUGCCUCUCAUCAGGCCCCACUCAUGGCACCUGGCCAAGCUCUCCGAAGUCCGGACUGAGGCUGACACCACCAUGCACUUCCCGGCCGAUGCCUUCAACCUCUCCUGGCACUCAGGCUGCGACCCCAGGUGAGUGGCUGCCUGACUAAUAAUAAUAAUAAUAAUAAUAAUAAUAAUUUAUUUGUACCCCACCCAUCUGAUUGGGUUGUCUCAGCCACACUGGAUGGCUUCCAGCAUAUAUAAAAACAUAGUAAAACAUUAAAUCUUAAAAAGCUUCCCUAUACAGGGCUGUCUUCAGAUGUCUCAUAAAAGACAUAUAAUUACUCAUCCCCUUGAUGUCUGAUGGGAGGGCAUUCCACAGGAUGGGCUUGGGCAUCUGUCUGGUUUGGCAGGACCUCUCUCCCCAUGGCAGCAGGGGGCGGUGGGGGCACCCGGGGCUCUUUCUCUCAGGGGGCUGACCAUGGAAUUAUAAUAUUGAAGGGUUGGAAUGUGACGCGCUAUCCUUUGUCCAAAGAUCACAGGGCAGUUUUCAGGAUAAAGUUGUUGGCCCCCAACUCCUGGUAGCCUCAGCCAGGAUGGCCAGUGGUCAAGGGCGAUGGGCCCUAUGGCCACCUGUCAUGGAUGCUUGAGCUGAGAUUCUUGCUUUGCAGGGGGUGGAUUGGAUGACCCUCAGGAGUCCAUUCCAACUCUACAAUUCCAUGAUUCCAUGACUUGUAGUUCAGAAACAUCUGGAAAACUAAUUCCCAUCAUCCUCAAAUAGGCGGGGGCUGGUCCUUGUCUGGGAACGGAGAGCAGGAGGAGGAGGAGGGUGUGAGUUUGACUGCUCCUUACUAGUUGCACUACCCUGCUGCCACCUCCACAACCACCCACCGCCUGCUCAUGGGUUGGGCUCUGGAGUUGCUGCUGGCUGACUGGCUUCUUCCCAGACCUAUCCUGGGCCCUGUGGCACAAUCAUCCUUGCUCGCCUGUGGGACAUGGCAUUUCUUCCACCCCCCCCCAAUGCCUCAGAUGCUUGUUUGGUUUGAGCUCAUCUCCCUUCAGGAAGGGAGGUGGCUUGGGAGCCGUCCUGGCUGCUAGCAGGGAGGAGGUAAUGAGUUGCAGGCCUCUUGUCUGAGUGAAGGGGGCAGGGCUGCGAACGCCCUCCAGCCUGGAGUGGGGAAGAGGGCACAAGUUGCCAAAAGGCUGGGUUUUGUCGUUUCUGAAUUUUCUGACGUGCUGUCAGGGCCUGCCCAAGACAUUUUGCCAAAAAACCACACCCAUGCUCAGGCAUGGUAUUGAGGACUCCUAGACUGUUGGGGGACUUCAACAUCCAUACCAAAACAGUUGGCCCUGCAGUCACUUGGGACUUCAUAGUUGCCAUGACGACCAUGGGGCUGCCCCAACAUGUCAUUGGGCGGGAAGAGGGUGAUCUGAAAGUGGGUGUCAUUGACAUCCAUCCCAUGUCAUAGUUAGAUCACUUCCUUUUUGAAGUCUAGGCUUUCAGCACCUUCCCCCCUCUGCAGAGGUGGUGGACCUAUGAGAAGGGUCUGCCCUCGGAAGCUGAUGGAUCCAAUAUAUUUCCAGACAGCUUUGGUGAGAGAGUGGGUGGCACUGUGGUCUAAACCACUGAGCCUCUGGGGCUUGCCAAUCAGAAGGCUGGCGGUUCGAAUCCCCACAACGGGGUGAGCUCCUGUUGCUUGGUCCCUGCUCCUGCCAACCUAGCAGUUCAAAAGCACGUCAAAGUGCAAGUAGAUAAAUAAGUACCGCUCCAGCGGGAAGGUAAACGGCGGUUCCGUGUGCUCUGCUCUCCGUCAUGGUGUCCCAUUGUGCCAGAAGCAGUUUAGUCAUGUUUGCGACAUGACCCGGAAAGCUGUCUGCGGACAAACACCAGCUUCCUCGGCCUGAAAGCGAGAUGAGUGCCGCAACCCCAUAGUUGCCUUUGACUGGACUUAACCAUCCAGGGAUCCUUUACCUUCUUUACCUAUUAGACAGCUCUGGGGGACUCUCUGGCUGAUAUGACUGACGUUCCUAUCAAAGCCCUGGCUGACUUGUGGAACAUCUGGAUGACUUUUGGCCCAUUGACACAAUCACCCCUGAGCACCUUCUCAGUUUGUUUCCUCCCUGGGUGAUGGCUGGAACAUGAGUGGAGGAAAACUCUAGUAGACUGCAGUCGAACACUGGUGAGCGCCUACUGGCAGCGAAGGCAGCAAAGAAGACAUACUCUUCUGCUUCCAUUGCAUCCUCAUUAUGGUGUCUGGCAGAGCUUUUCUGGGUAGUAUGGGGCCUCUUACAGUCUGACACAAAGGAGGUGAUGGAUCCAAUAGUAGCUCACUGUGAUUUGGUUGCAAAGCAUUGGAUAAAACUGAUUACAUCUGCCAGGAUCUUGACGCCACUGUUAACAGCAGAUGAAUCUCGAGGGGUGUCCAGAGCACAGUCUAGUCCUGUUGUGUUGGAUGAGUUUCCGUUAGUAAGGCUCAAAGACAUGGACAAGGUGCUAGGAUCGGUCAGGGCACUCGCUUUCGCUCUGGACCCUUGCUCCUCCUGGCUGAUAGAAACUAGCAGGGGAGGGACAGCUGGCUGGGCCAGGGAAGUGGUUAAUACCGUCUUGCGAGAGGAGGAGGUGGUCCCUGCCCGCUUCAAGGAGGCAGUGGUGAAACCACUCAGCCAAGAAAUCCUCCCUGGAGUUGAAAAAAACUAACUACUGGCUACUUUCCAGUCUCCCCUUCUUGGGCAAGGUUCUUGAGAGGGUGGUCACACACCAGAUCUAGGUGCUUUUGGAGUAAACCAAUUUUCUAGAUUCAUUUCAAUAGAGGGUUUCGGUUGUGGUUUUUGUUAUGUAUUUUGUGUUCCCAUUUUGUGAUUUUAUGUUGUGAACCACCCUGUGAUCUUCAAGUGAAUAAAUUUAAUAAUUAAAUAAAUGAAGCAGUAUGCAAAUAUUCUUAGAAAUGAAUAAGAAAGGUUACUGGCAACAGGCACUUUUGUCUACAACCUCCUAAUGAGGGAUCCCCCCCUCUCCCUGCAGUGAUCUUCCCUUGCCCUGGAACCCCCUCGCUCGCCACUGCAGCACAGACAAGAGCAGCUCCCUUGGGAGCAUGGAAAGCUUGGACCAGGGUGGCCAGACAUACUACGAGGGCAGCCUCUCUCCCAUUGACCAGACCAUGUACCAGAACAAGCGGGACUCUGCCUACAGCUCCUUCUCGGCCAGCUCCAAUGCCUCCGACUCUGCCCUGCGGCCCGAGGACGGCGGUGUCCCCGAAGGCCUCCCACCAGACCCCCGUUACCUGCAGACCAGUGGCGAAGCUGUGGCAGCGGUGGGCCUGCACGCCUCGCCCAGCCGGCCUGCCCCUAGUGCCAGGACAGCCCCCUGCCUUCAGGACAGUCACUUCCCCAGCUCUACCAGAGCUGUUGUGUCCACCCCUCCCCAGCCGCCAGUGAGGCAGGACAGCCUGCGAGCCUGUAACCUGCCCCCAACCAACACAGAAGGCCGUCGGAAGGACUCCCCUCACCUCAAGGCCCGCUGGACCUCGGACACGGUCCUUUCUGUGCGAGGCAGGGACCCCGAGCUGGGCAAGGAGUCACCCACAGAGCAUUACUACUUGCUGAGUUCUCAUGCUGACCAGCCCACCCCCAUGGAGAAGGAAGCCCAGAGUGCCAACUCCCUUCCGGGUGAGCAGAGCAGUGGGGAACACCCCUUGGGCAAGCCUCACACAGGCAGCCAGGACCCCUUUGUGACCAAGCCAGGCAGCCCCGAGGGGGCCUGCCAGCCCCACUGGAAGGCCUGCUGGGCUGGAGCACUGAGCCAUCGUCACAGCGCCCCAGAACACCUGCUGGCGGCUCAGCUGCGGGCUCUGCACGUCUCCUGCCCCCAGGAGGGCUCUCACUGGACUGUGUCUCCGCUGCACGUGGAGCAAAGGAGCAACCCAGGGGCCCAGCAGAGUCAGGGCUCCCCCAGAAAGGCGCAAAGCCCCCGUUCUGAAAGCAGCUGCUGCCACAUGGGGCCAGAGCGACCCAGGAGUGCCUCUGUCGAACUGGCAUCCUCCCCGCAUCUGCAGCCCACUGGAGAUGCCAGCACAGGCCUGAAGGAGGCACCCAGCAUGGAGGCAUCGGCCGAGGUGCGGCAGGAGGAGGAAGGGAGCAUCAUGGGCACCAGGAAGGGGGGCUCGUCUCAGCACCGCUCAGCCCAUAUGCGCCGGCGCAGCGACCGCUUUGCCACCAACUUGCGGAACGAGAUCCAGUGGCGCAAAGCACAGCUGCAAAAGGCAAAGGGCUCCACUCCACUGUUGGAGGAGGGGGAGUCCAACCAGGAGGCAGGGGAGCCCCCCGGCAGCCCCCCUGUCCCUCCUUCCCUGCCCCACUCUCCUCCGCCUCCCAUGCCCAAGGGCCGGCCUCCUGGCUUGACCCAGCAUAGAGCGCUACUUCCCAGGCGCUGGGGCUCUGAGCUGAGUGUCUUUGCAGCAGACAGUGGUUUCCCCGGCCCCAGGAAGCCCCAGGGAGCUCUUCCACCUGGAGGAAGUCAAGGGGGCCGCUGGAGGUGGUCACCAGAGCGCAAGCUGCAGCCCCACCAUCAGAGCCAGCAGGUGGCUGAUUCUGGGAGCCCCUUGCCGCCCCCUGAGGACUCCGGCCUCCUGCCUUUUGCCGACCGGAGGAAGUUCUUUGAGGAGACAAGCAAGCCGCUGUCCUCUGGGGGCUUCAGCUGCCAGAACAACAGGCCAGUGGGGGUACCCCUCCCCAGGAUGGUGGACCAGGACUCCUUCCAGCCAGCCAGCUCCGAGCGCAGGGACCAGCGCCGCCACUCUGUGGACCAGCCCUACAGGCUCCUGCAGCCCCCGCCACCCCACACCUACCAAGACUUCCUUCCAGAGGUGCCUGCCUUUUGCAAGCCAUUGGCCCAGUGUGAGGAAGACUGUGAUCACUGGCGCCCCCUUCCCUGCUCACGUGCUGCCCGGGAAGGCUGUGCUUGCUGCUAUGGGGAUCGGUGCCCCGCAGCUCAUCACAGGAACAUGCCGGCAGCAUCUGGCCACUGGGCCCACCACUGCCACUCGCACGCUUGGAAUCGCUGCCGCGGCUGCUGCUGCUGCCCAGCCCAGCACAAGUUCUUGGAGGAGGGGGGACCGUGGCAUGCAAGGAAGACCUUUCUAGCGGUAAGAGGGUGUGGGUGUGGGUGUGGGAGGGGUCUCUUGCAGGACUGGGAGAGGCUGUGGGUCAGGUGCUGAUCUUCCAAGGGUCUUGGAACUAGCCAGCCUCCCAAAAGGGCUUCCUGUGCAAGGAACAAGUCAUAGAAUGAUUUGGAAGGGACUCUGAGGGUAAUCUAGUCCAACCCUUGGGAAGGCAGGAAUCUCCACUCAGGCAUCCAUAGCAGAUGGCCUUCCAAUCUCUCCUUAAAGAUCUCCCAAGGGAAUCUGUUCCACUGUGAAAGGGCUCUUCCUGGCAGAAAGUUCUUCCUGGAGUUUAGUUGCAAUCUCCUUUCUUGUAACUUAAAGCCAUAGGUUAGUGCCCUCUCCUCGAGCAGGAGAAGAUAAGAUAUAGAUACCUCCUCUUUUCCAAGCUAAACAUCCCCAGCUCCUUCAAAGGCUCCUCAUCAGGCUUGGUUUCCAGACCCUUGACCAUCUUGGCUGCCCUUCUCUGCACAUUCUCCAGCUAGUCAAUAUCCUUAAAUUGUGGCACCCAGAACUGGACAUGGGUCUCUAGGUGGUUUCCCUCCAAGGCAGAAUAGAGUGGUACUUUUACCCUAACCCUAACCCUAUGAUUCUAUAUGUAUGCUUUAGUUGAAAUUCCUGCAUUUGCAGGGGAUUGGAUUAGAUGACCCUUGGGAUCCCUUCCAACUCUAUGAUUUUAUUAUAUGGACACUGUGCAUGUGAAAAGGAUAUUGGGGUCUUAGAGGACCACAAACUUCAUGUGAGUCAACAGUGUGGUGCAGCAGCAGCAGCAGCAAAAAAUAAAAUUAAAAUAAAAUAAAGGCUAAUGCUAGUCUGGGCUGCAUCAACAGAGGUCUCAUCUCAAGGUGAAGGGCAGUCAUAGGACUACUUCCUUGGUCAGCCAUUCCAAGGAGAGUCUUCAUCAUUGCCUGGUGGAUUCCAGACCUCCCCAAGGGCUGGCUCAAGACAUUUUGGCACCCGAGGCAGACCCGAGAUUUGGGCCUACCUCUGUUUCAGGGAAGAAGAGAGGGAAGAUUGACAUCAGGGGGGAAAGUGUGGGGAGAGAAAGUUUGGCUUUGGGAUCUGUUGCUCCUGACGAUACUGCAGUCCGAGGCAGUUGCCUCACCUUGCUUCAUGGGUGGGCUGGCCCUUCGUGCCACCACCCUCAGCCUCUGUUCCUUUUUUUCCAGGACUUUUCCUUGGGUGAGUGGGAGCCUCCUACACCCAGCAGGAAGACGAUGAGCCCGUCCAUGAGGUAGGCAGGGGGUGCCUGGGGUGGGCAAGGAACGCUAGAUGUUGGUGCCCACAGAUGGGUGGGGUGGGGAAGCAGGAAAAACGGCAACGUGGCACAGCAGUUCCUGAUUCACUUGAUGUCCCCAGGUGUCUGUGAGGUGCUCCUGCUGGGGGCCCCUCCUCGCAAGAUGCUAGGCCCUUCUCCGUCAUCGGCACUCCCCCCAAACUGCAUGAGGCUCUGAGGCUGGCAUAGGCCCACAUAGGGAACUCUUGUAGGCUGGAGCAACAGAAGAGCCAUUCCUUCCCACCUCUGCUAAGUCCUGUGUGUUUGCUGCUGGGGCUGGACCCAUUCCAUCUUGCUCUAGGGAGAGGCGCCACUUCCUCAAGGCACCCUUGGCAUUCAUCACAACCAAGAUCAAUGAGGGCCUUUCUUUGAAGGCCCAGCACCACCCACCAGCAACCUCAGGAGGAAUGGGAACUGAGCAUUGAAACAACCAGAGCCAGGAAUGUGGCAUACGAACCAGCUGGGGCAGGGUGGAGAGGGCAAACUGGCCCAACCUUCCUUCUGACUGAAGGGGUUUGCCCCAUGGCUGUAGCAACCCAGGAAGGUGGGAGAGAGCAACGCACCCUUGCUGGCCUUUUGGAAGCCCACUUCCUGUCAGAAGCUUCUUCCCGAGAUGCUGAGGCAGAACUGGUGUUAACACAAGGGAUGGUGUGUGUGUGUGGGGGGGGGGUUGUCUUCCCUAGUGCCAUUCUGUGGUUCGCCUCAGGUGUCAGAAUGCCUUGGGCUGGUCCUGUCUGCGGAGGCUGCUGCCACUCACUUCCAAGUGUCCUGAUUUUCCAGGGACAGUCCUGGAAUGAUGGAAGCCAUCCCAGUUUCUGAUUUGAUCUUAUUUUCCCUUUUCCUUCCCUCCACAUCUCGGAGAACAGUUAAAAGUGGUGUCUGUGUGUAGGGGCAAAAACAGAAUCCUGUUUAUCCUGAAAAUAAAAUUCCAGCACCAAAUGAAGGAAAUGGUGAAUCUGUCAUACGAAGCCCUUCCUGUAGUUUUGAAGGAAAAUAUCAACAAUCCACUUCUUCAGCAGCCAGCCAUUUCUCAAGAAAGGCAUGGUGCAUUUAUUCCUUUAUUGUGAAGAGAGCCUUUCCCUGUCUGCUCAGAAGUAUGUCCCAUUGUAUUCAAUGUAGGUUCAGCGGGGAGGUUGUAAUUUGGCUCAAGGUGACAAAUACAAACUUGUAUAUGACUUCUGUGGGAGAUCAGACGGGGAAAAGAUGCGGAACAGGAUGUCCCUAUUUUCGCCAGAGAAAUGUUGGUGGGGUAUUCUGCAGGUUGCUCUUCUUUCACUCUCCUUGCAGUGAACUCGCACAACACAAGGUGGGCUUUGCGAGGGCCAGCCCCUUCUGGACCUGCUCAGAGGCCUCCGAGGCAGAAUGGCACCCUUCCUGCCACGCUGGGCCCCCUCACAGCCUCUCCUGGGACGGCAAGAGGCCUGUGCGAGCAGCAGAGAACCUGGCCUACAAAGAGGACCCUGCCACCCCUCACAGACACCCCCUGCGCGAAAGGGCCUUCUCAGAGAGCCACCUCUGUGCAGAGCAGGCCGGUGCUUCUGGGAGGGAGAGACGAGAAGCCCCUCUGGCCAAGCUGGAGGAGGGGGCCCAGCUGGAGUCUCCCCGGGCAGCCAAGCAAAAGGGCCUGCCCCCUCCACGGCCCCCGCCACCAAACUGGGAGAAAUACCGCCCCGGCCGUGCCUCCCACAGCCAUCUGCUUCCCCCCAAGGCUGGCCCACACCCUCACCUGGAGGAAGCCUGUGCCCACGGCCAGAGCAGCAGCGAGGUGGCAAGGCAGCGGUCUCAGAGCCUGCCUCUGGAGCAGCUGCGGGGGGAGGCCGGCCAGCAGCUCAGCCGCAGGCCUCAGGAAGCCCCCCACUCCCCCUACCACUACAACAGUUCACCACUCCGAACCCCAGAGUGGGCAGUGCCAGAUGGGAGCAGCCAGAGUGGGUCAUCCAGGCAAGUAGUGCAUUGCUUUCUGCCUCUUGGGGCUCAUAGGUUGUGGGCAUGGGAUGGGGGUGGUGGUCUGUACAGAGGGGCAGGGAAGUAGGGAAGGUGGUUUCAGGAGGGACUAGCUGGGCAGGAGAGAGCAGGAUCAGUGCCUAGGCCUCUUCAUACUGACGACUCAAAGGACAGGUGGAGGUUUCUACACAGAGGUUGGAUAGCCAUCUGUCCUGGAUGCUUUAGCUGAGAUUCCUGCCUUGCAGGGGGUUGGACUAGAUGGCCCUUGAGUCUGUGCCCCCUUUUAAGCUUAGACUGAACCCCAUCUAGCCUGUAGCAAGAGAUUUUACAGUGAGUGGACUUGUUGGGACGGCGGCAGAAAGCAGCAAGAGGGUCAGACUGUGGUGCAGAAGAGGAGGAAUCUCAUGGCAAGUAACUUCAUGUGGGCUAGUAGUGUGGAGUUGUUUUUCCAAAAGCAAGGAUGGGGACCUGGUGGCAGGACUUGCCCAACUAUGAGGUGGACUGAGACAUCUGCCUCAGGUGGCAGCAUCUCAAGGGGCAGCUGGAGAAGCAAGGGAAUGUGGUGGGGGUCAGCUGCUGAUGAGAUCUUGUGAAGUUUUGCCACUGCUGCCACUUCUUCUCACAUCUCUGAAGCUGCUGUGGGUGACACUCGACCUGACCGCUGCUGGAGAAGUGGUAUGUGUGAGAUACAUGUGCGAGAAGUUGCUUCUUCUCCUCACUUCUCCCGUGGUGGGAGGGUGCCCCACCAAAGAAGCAAGAAGAGGCACCAGCUGUGUCUGUGUUCAGGUGAGAUUUUGUGGACCUCUCCCCAAAUCUUGCCUGAACCCAGAAGCUAUGAGCAGGGGAGGGUGGGCCCAGAUGUUGCCAGGCUCCAACUCUUAUCAUCUUGCCAUCUUAUCAGGAGGUCCAGUUCCACACAAUAUAGGGAUCAGGGCUGUAGGUGCAGGAAUUGGCAGGUGGAUGGCUGGUGGUUAAGGGCAAUAAGUUUAAAAAGAACAAAAAACUAUUGUAGUAUAAGGUUAAUGGUAAGGAAUGGAAUGUGAAUUAGAAAUAAUCUGGGAAAUAAUGCAGCAACAAGGAGGACCUUGGACACAUCAUGAACGGAGUGCAGGAAACCAAUUUUCUGAAAAUUUGUAUUAAAUUUGUUUUCAUGUGGCUGAUUUGGUAAAAAUUUGGAAAACCAACAAAAAUGACAGGGGCAUAUCUCCUUUGGCAUUCCCUCCCCUUAAAUAUGAGACAGGUGCCAUCCCUGAGGUCUUCCCAGCACCCGGGACUUUCCUAUUCCAAAAAGCCUCUUCACUGGAAUUACUUUUAAGGUGUUUUAUUGCUUGCUGCCCUGUGCUCCUUCAGUAGCCUCAGCUUUUGUAGCUGGAGUCAGUCCGGGGCCUUCCCUCCCAGGCCAGGAAGAAAAAGGUAGAAAAACCACUGAGCUUGAAGCCAUUUAACCUGUUUUUAACCGGCUGUCUGGUGGGUUUUGUGCUUAAAGGCCUGCAUGUUCCCCGGAGGAAGCAGCAACACCCAGGCCCCUGUGGGAAAAGGGGAAGGAUGGAUCGGCCAGCAGGACCCCUGAGCCGGUGUCAGCCAGCCCCCCCAGCCUUGGUGAGUUCUGCUUCCCCUCUGCAGGUAUCCCUGCCUCUUGUCUCUCCAGCAAUGCUGCCGUCUGAAAGGGCUUCUUUCUCUCUCUCUCUCUCUCUCUCUCUCUCUCUCUCUCUCUCUCUCUCCUUCACAGCCUCCAAGGAGCUAGAGGGGGUUGAAGGAGAUGCCUGCUGCCCAGGUACAGUGGGUUCAGUGCACCCCUUCCACCUGAACUCGGAAGAGCUGAUGAGGGACGUGGCAGGCAGGGACCGCUCCCUGGCUGGAGUGCUCAGCCCCACCCUGGGUCUGGUGACGGCAGCGGAAAUGAUGGGGGGCCUCUUCUCCCCCAGUGAGGGUGCUGUGUGGCCCCCUCAGGCUGGUGCCGUGGGACUCUCAGCCAGGUAGGCAUACCAGCUGCAAUGGCAUCCUCAAAAACUCUUGGUAUGUAAGGCAGCAAGAUCUGGGGGCCGGGGGGGGGGCUAUGUGGGCCCUUGGCACAGAGCAUCCUUCCCCUGCCAGGAGCCCUCCUGGGCCCACCAGCUCAUCCAGCAUAGAACCAUAGAAUGGUAGAGUUGGAAGGGACCACAAGGGUCAUCUAGUCCAACCUAGUCCAAUGAGGAAUCUUUUGCUCAACGUGGGGCUCGAACCCACGUCCCUGAGAUUAAGACCAUCUGAGCCGUGGUCAGGAGGGGGUAAUGGGAACUGAAGUCCAUUAACAUCUGGAGGACAACCAGGUGGGGGAAGGAUGGCUCUGAGCCUUGAGGAAGGACCAGGGUGUGGGGGACCCACAUUCAGACCCCUUUUUCUCAGUCUGUCCCACCUCACAGGAUUGCCGUGAGGAUCAGUUGUGGGAAGGGAAGAAAGUAGUGCAAACCACCAUCCAAGGGUAGGACACUAAUGUAUAGGAAGAGCCUCAGCCUCUGGGUGGGUGUGAGCCUGGGGUCUCCCUGGAGGUGCCCCUCCUGCUGAUGCCCCUCUUGGGACACCUCAUUGCUGCCUGUGACUCCCACUUAUCCCCCACCACAGUUGCUGUUUUAUUGUAAAUAUAUUGAGAAUUCAUGGAGUAGUAGGAUUUGUAGAGUUUGAAGGGGCUUACAAUGAUACAUUGCAUGACAGAACAAGGGCUUAAGGGCAGCUUAUUUUUUAUACUGCUGUCAGCCAAUAGCUGCAUGACUUAUAAGAUGGUUCUAAUUCAUCACCAUGACUUUGCUUGUAUGCCAUUCACACACAAUGCUCAAAGUGAUUUAACAAGAAGGGAACAGCAAUUCAGCAGUAGUUCAGAAGUGGAAACGAAAAGUAUACCUGUUGACUACCUGAAAAUCUUUAGCCUACCCAUUAUAAGCAUUUAUUUAAGUUACAAAAUAGUUAAAGAGACCAAACUCUCUCUCUUACACACAUGCAUGCAUGGAGAUGAGCAGUACUGCCAGUACUAUCCAGACUUUUGUGCCGCGUUUCUAAGUACAAGUUUGCACGCUAAAGCACCAUGUCUGAGCCUUUCUGCCCCGGGCUUUUCCCACAAAAGCCCCCUCUUUCCCUCUGAAUUGAAGCAAAUGGCAAUUCACAGAAAACCCAAAUGGCUGUUUGUUCUGAUUUGGCAUUAUAGAGCAGGUUCUCAUGGAAAGUGCAGGGCAAAAGGUAAGUGUGGAUGAGCCCUAAGGCCUCAUAACGUCUUCCAAAGCUGGAAAUUAUGCAUUGGACAAAGGGCUACUGUUUAGAAACCCAAAGGGCUCCAAAAGCAUUCUGCUGACCUCCCUCUUCUGUCUUCUUCCCCUGAAAGAUGUUCAGUUUUGCAGGUUUUGAUGCCCCCCACUUCAACGUGGCAUAUCCUGCCCUUCCAGUAUUUUUCAUGUGUAGUAUCUUGCCAUCAGUUUUCUGUAUACAUUGAUGCAUAAUCUUAUUUGUAUGCCACCUUUCCAUAGUCCAAACCACGCUCAAGGCAGCUCACAUUAAGAAACACAUAACUACAACAUGACAUAGGUAGUCAUAAACAAUAAAUCAGGGGUCGGCAACCUAAGGCCCAUGGGCCGGUAGCGGCCCACGAGGCUUGUCUAACCAGCCCAUGGCGACCCCUGCUGCCGCCACCCCUUGCUGCCCGCUGUUACUGGUGCGGCGCAGCGUGGCACAGGGAUUGCCUUCCAGGUCGAUGGUGCCUGUGUGCAGGCACACGGGCACUCCUCCGACCUGAAUAUGUGCCGGAAAUAGCGUGUGCGCCCGUGGGUGGGACGGAGAAGUGCCCAUGUGCAGGCACACAUGCUAUUUCCGGUGCACUUCUGGGUCAGAGGAGCGCCGGAAAUAGCGUGUGCGCACGCGCAUGGGUGCUCCUCCGACCCGGAAGAGCGAGCAUGCGCACACAUUCUGGUCCAUCCUCCGAUGGAUGGAGCAUGCUACCACUCAGUGGAUUUGUAACUGGCUGACUGACCGAACCCAAAGGGUGCUCAUCAAUGGUUCCUCUUCAUCCUGGAGAAGAGUGACUAGUGGGGUGCCACAGGGUUCUGUCUUGGGCCCGGUCUUAUUCAACAUCUUUAUCAACGACUUGGAUGAUGGACUCAAGGGCAUCCUGAUCAAAUUUGCAGAUGACACCAAACUGGGAGGGGUGGCUAACACCCCAGAGGACAGGAUCACACUUCAAAACGACCUUGACAGAUUAGAGAACUGGGCCAAAACAAACAAGAUGAAUUUUAACAGGGAGAAAUGUAAAGUAUUGCACUUGGGCAAAAAAAUGAGAGGCACAAAUACAAGGUGGGUGACACCUGGCUUGAGAGCAGUACAUGUGAAAAGGAUCUAGGAGUCUUGGUUGACCACAAACUUGACAUGAGCCAACAGUGUGACGCGGCAGCUAAAAAGCCAAUGCAAUUCUGGGCUGCAUCAAUAGGAGUAUAGCAUCUAGAUCAAGGGAAGUAAUAGUGCCACUGUAUUCUGCUCUGGUCAGACCUCACCUGGAGUACUGUGUCCAGUUCUGGGCACCACAGUUCAAGAAGGACACUGACAAACUGGAACGUGUCCAGAGGAGGGCAACCAAAAUGGUCAAAGGCCUGGAAAUGAUGCCUUAUGAGGAACGGCUAAGGGAGCUGGGCAUGUUUAGCCUGGAGAAGAGGAGGUUAAGGGGUGAUAUGAUAGCCAUGUUCAAAUAUAUAAAAGGAUGUCACAUAGAGGAGGGAGAAAGGUUGUUUUCUGCUGCUCCAGAGAAGCGGACAUGGAGCAAUGGAUCCAAACUACAAGAAAGAAGAUUCCACCUCAACAUUAGGAAGAACUUCCUGACAGUAAGAGCUGUUCGACAGUGGAAUUUGCUGCCGAGGAGUGUGGUGGAGUCUCCUUCUUUAAGGUCUUUAAGCAGAGGCUUGACAACCAUAUGUCAGGAGUGCUCUGAUGGUGUUUCCUGCUUGGCAGGGGGUUGGACUCGAUGGCCCUUGUGGUCUCUUCCAACUCUAUGAUUCUAUGAUCCUUUGAUAAGGUUGCCGACCUCUGCAAUAAAUGAAACACCAAAAAAUGGUUGUGUAAUGAUUGAACACCAUCCACAUAUAUCAUAACAAGCUCUAAAAUAAAAACACAGGAAAUUAGUAUCAACCACAGCAACAACACACCCCAACAAAACUCCCAAACAUUACCCCAGCCCAGGAGUCUUUUCGGCAGCCUCAGCUUUUGUAGCUGGAGUCAGUCCAGACACUACCUUUCCAGGCCAGGUGGGAAAGACCUGCAAGGCAGGAGAGGUUUUCCAAGACUCACAGCCAAGAUGGUCACGUGAAGGCAGACAGUGUUGCCUUGGCCUCCUCUCCAUUUUGGAGCCAUCCCUCCCACAAUGCUCUUUGUUGGUAUAGGCAACCCAGCCAACCUGUCUCCCCAACCUGUGGAGGAACUGCCAGCCCCACCUCCUCCUGCUCUGCCUACUAUAACCUGUCAGCCGGCAAGGCUGAGCUACUGAACAAGAUGAAGGAGUUGCCUGAGGGGGCUGGAGCCAGUUCGGAGGAGGAAGAGGUGGACCACGACUUGGCCAGGAAGAAGGUGAGCCGGUGGGAGGUGGGCUUUUCCACUUCAGUCUCCAGGCCCUGCACAGCUGCUUGGGGAUUAGUGGGCAGACUUGUCUAGCUCUUUGAGUCAAACUUAGCCCCAGUGAGUGGCUCCUGUAUUUUUGGGGGUGGGGUGGGGGCUGGAAAAGUCAAGUUGGGAACUUGGACCAUCACUGUUCAUCACUAGGACAGUGUGUGCUUGCUGCGAAACAAUUGCAGUUCUGCACAAACAGAGCCCAAGCCCUGUGCUGUCCAAAGCUGAACCCUGCAAAUGGAUGGAAUUCACUGGUAUAAUCUGCUUGUACCAGUUGCUACCGGCCAUGAUGGCUCUCUGGCACCUCCACGUCCCAGAGCAGUGUGCCUCUGAGGUGACCCCCAGUUGCUGGGAAUCACAGAUGGGGAGAGUGCUACUGCUAGGCUCCUGGUCUUCUUUUGGGCUUCCCCCAUUUAUCGGGUAUUGGUUGGCCAGGAUGCUGGGCUACAUGGGUCCCCUUUGGCCUGAUUCUGCUACAGCCAGUCUCUUCCCGUGGCACUUGUCCCCGCCUAACUCAACUGUAAUCUCUCCUGCCUCCAGGUGCAGCUGAUUGAGAGCAUCAGUCGGAAGCUGGGGGUGCUGCAGGAGGCUCAGCGGGGCUUGCAUGAUGACAUGAAUGCCAACAUGGUGCUGGGCAGAGAGGUGGAGAACCAUGUCAAGGGGGUCUGCAAGCCCCAUGAAUACGAGAAGUUCCGCCUCUUCAUCGGAGACCUGGAGAAGGUGGUCAACCUCCUGUUGUCCCUCUCAGGGCGGCUGGCAAGGGUGGAGAAUGCCCUCAGCAGCCUGGACUUGGAUGCCACUGCGGAAGAGGAGAAGGUACAGAGCAGGUGGGGUGGGGUGGGCGACCUCUGGAAAUGCAGCUCUGAAAGGCCCCUCUCUCCCGUUUGGGAGCUCCUUGUCCCCAGAUCAAGAUGUUUGCUGCCUCCUCUUCAUCCCCACCUCUAUUUUGCCUUAGACCACAUCUGGAGUCCAAUUCUGGGCACCACAAUCCUUAUAUUGACAUGCUGGAACAUGUGCAGAGGGUGGCAACCAAGGUGAUCAAGGGUCUGGAAACGAAGCCUGAUGGGGAACAGCAGAGGAAGUUGAGCAUGGAUAAAAUGAGAGUGAGAGAGUUGAGAGGAGAUAUCCUGUCCCAUGGAAGAUGGAGCAAGCUUGUUUUCUCCUGCUCUGGAGGGCAGGACCUGAUCCCAUUGUAGGAAAGUAGAUUCUGACUAAACACCAGGAAGACCUUUCUGAUAGUAUGAGAUGUUAAAAACCUCCAAGGAAGGAAAGUUUACCACCUCCUGAGGGAGUCUGUUCCACUGUUGAACAGCUCUUACUGUCAGAAAGUUCUUCCAGAUGUUUAGUCAGAAUCUCCUUUCUUGUAACUUCUUGAAGCCAGUGUUUUGGGUCCUCCCCUCUAGAGCAGGAGGAAACAACCUCACUCCACCCUCCACGUGACAGUCCUUUAGCUAUAUGAAAAGUGCUAUCAUAUCUCCUCUCAGUUUUCCAGGCUAAACAUACCGAACUCCCUCAGCUGCUCCUUAUAAGGCUCAGUUUCCAGACCCUGUAUCAUCUUGGUCGCCUUCCUCAGCACCCGGUCCGGCUUGUCAACAUCCUUCUUAAAUUGUGGCACCCAGAAUUAGACACAGGAUUCCAGGUGUGGUCUGGCCAAGGCAGGAUAGAGUGGGACCAUGACUUCCUUUGAUCUGGACACAAGACUUCUGUUGAGGCAGCCUAGAAGAGCGUUAGCUUUUUUUGCUGCUGCACUACACUGUUGAGGGUGGGCAUGUGUGCCUGGGUGUCCUGUGCCUGCUUCCUGGUCUUCCUGCUCUGGGUUUUGACAGCUCCCUCUCUUCUCCCUUCCCCAAAUCAAGCUGGCCCUCCUGGAGAAGAAGCGGCAGCUGAUGGCGCAGCUGGAGGAUGCCAAGGAGCUGCAGGACCAUGUCUCCCGUCGGGAGCGCUUGGUCUUCGCCAGUGUCUCACGCUGCCUUCCUGCUGAGCAGCUGCAGGACUACCAGCACUUUGUGCACAUGAAGUCAGCACUCAUCAUUCAGCAGCGGCAGCUGGAGGACAAGAUCAAACUGGGUGAGGAGCAGCUGCGCUGCCUGCGGGAGAGCCUGCGCAGGGGGCCCAGGGAGUACUAACCAAAGCCAGCUGGGCUUUCCUGCAUCGCAGGGGCUGGGCUACAUGACCCUCAGGGUCCUCUCUAACCGUACCAAUUCAUAUUCAGCUGGUGCCUCCCUUAGGGGACUGCAGGCCAGCUUUGUGCUCACAGUGCCUUCUUGCUCUCAGGCAAGUAUAAUCGUUGCCAAAGAUUGCUAUGCCAGAUCACUGCAUCCCCACCCCUCCUCUUCCAUGGCUGAGGUUGGAGGCUCAACCAAAGUGUGCUUUGCCGGGAAGACAAUGACACCAGCUGCUCAGGAAGGUGAGGGAGGGAUUCCUGGAGCUCCACCGGGAUGAGGACUCCCAGGGAGGCAGCCUGAGUGCCUUGGAUAACUUUCCAUCUUCUCCCCUCUGGAGCCACCAACCCCCCAGCCAAGGAAGCUCCCCUAAACAGCAGCAUAAUCCUCUGGCGCCCACCGCUUAUUUCAAGGCCUGGCUUGCCUUUCCUGCCUCCUGCUGCACAAUUAAUUAAUUUAUUCCUAUCUUAGCUUUCCUUCACCGAGAUAAUUGUGAGGGGUGGGGGUGGGUGACUGGGAUGGGCCAACACAAAUCUCAGCCACAUCCCUUGAGGGCGACAUGUCCUGCAGCUCUCAUUGGUAUGCUAAGCUUAGGAUGUGUUGUGGUGGCUGCAGAGGAGUCUGUACCCCUUGCCCUGCCCUCUGGAAGUGGCUUCUCUGCAAGGGUGGGGUUUUUUGUGGGAGGGAGGCCCCUACAUGCUUUCCAGUUCCUUUUGUUGCCUCCUUCCUCUCCUUCCCCUCCCAGCACCUCAAUCUAAAGUUUCUCUUGCCAAGUUUAAGGGCAGGAAAAAAUUCCGCAUCUUUCCCCAUAUCAAGAUCUCUUGCUGGGGAGUUGCUGUUUCAAGUUGUUUUGAGCUCUGCUCAUUUCCUGCACAAUCGUGUGUGUGUGGGGGGGAAGCUGAGGACCUGUUUGCAGAUUCUCCUCCUCCCUCUCUCUGGGUCCCUCAUGGCCUGGGGAGCUGCAGCAAGCCCCUUGCACACUGCAGAUUGGCUGCUGCUUCCUUGAUCUGGCACCGAACCCUCCCAGCUCUACCCAGAGGCAAUCGGAGGAACCAGUGAGGGUAGUGAGGGUCCUGUGUGAGUGUCUGGAGGCAGUUGGAGGAUGGAUGGCGGCUAACAAAUUGAGGUUGAAUCCUGACAAGACAGAAGUACUGUUUUGGGAGGAUGGGGGGAUGUGUGGGGGACUCCUUGUUCCUGUACAGGGUAACUGUGCCCCCAAAUGACCAGGUGUGCAGCCCGGGAGUAAUUUUGGACUGACAGCUGUCCAUGGAGGUGCAGGUCAAUUCUGUGUCAAGGCAGCUGUUUACCAGCUCCAUCUGGUACGCAGGCUGAGACCCUCCCUGCCCGCAGACUGUCUGGCCAGAGUGGUGCAUGCUCUGGUUAUCUCCCGCUUGGACUACUGCAAUGCGCUCUACGUGGGGCUACCUUUGAAGGUGACACGGAAACUACAACUAAUCCAGAAUGUGGCAGCCAGACUGGUGACUGGGAGCAGCUACUGGAGCCAUAUAACACUGGUCCUAUGGGGUCUUCACUGGCUCCCAGUGUGUUUCCAAGCACAAUUCAAAGUGUUGGUUCCACAGUGAGGGAACCUUUAAAGCCCUAAACAGCCUCAGCCAUGUUUACCUGAAGGAGCGUCUCCACCCCGGACACCGGGGUCCCUCUCCCAAGGGCCUUCUGGUGCUUCCAUCACUGCGAGAAGCGAAGUUACAGGGAACCAGGCAGAGGGCCUUCUUGGUAGUAGCACCCUCCCUGUGGAACGCCCUCCCAUCAGAUGUCAAGGAGAUAAAGAACUACAUAACUUUUAGAAAACAUCUGAAGGCAGCCCUGUGUCAGGAAGUUUUUGAUGUUUGAUAUUUUACUGUCUUUUAAAUAUUUUGUUGGGAGCUGCCCAGAGUGGCUGGGGAAACCCAGUCAGAUGAGUGGCAUAUAAAUAAUGAAAUUAUUGCAUUAUUAUUGAAAAGGGCUUCCCCCAAUACAGCCAGCCUCUGCCCCCCCUACCACCAUGUGCCCCCUGCUCCCUGCCUGUGUAAAAGGCAGAGCCGGCGCACCCAUGAGGCAAGGUGAGGUGACCACCUCAGGCAGCAGGAUCCACAGGAGCAGAAGAUCCCAAUGUUGAUCUUCCUCCCCCCUUGUUCCUAAUGUAGAUAUCUUAGCUUCCUGAUAGUUGUAUGUUGCUUUGAAUGUAUACUUUAUAUUUGACUUUCUUCUGUAAUGUUUUCUUCUGGAUUGUUUUAUUUGAUGUUUUAAUUUAGGUUGUAAACUGCUUUGAGUCCCCCCCCCCCCAAAUAUAUAUAUAAAGAUAUGAACGUG